AUGGGACUUGGGGGACAUGAACUUGGGUGCAAGUGCAGAGUGCAAGUGGAAGUGCAGGAGCACCUUGGAGUCUGUCUCUUGUCUAUCUGGCGCCUUGCAGUGCCAUCUGUGCUCUCUCUGUCUGUUUCUCUCAAUCUUUACCUCUCUCUCCACGGAGUGUCGACCUGUCGUAUCCCACACCCCUCCCCCCCGGCUACCUAUUUGGAGCCCCCGAUACUUUGUACUUCGUACCCUACUCCGUACCCCCCGUCCCUUUAUAUAUAUCCUCCUCUGCCCUCCCACCUCACACCCCUAGCUGUCACUAUUUGCUAUAGACCAGCUGCACUCUGCACUCGAGAGUCGACUGAAACCGCCCAGUCUCAGAUUUCCUUGAGGGAGAUCGCGAACUUCACGUCACCGCCAACCAUGUCUCUGACCGGCCAGACUAUGCCCGCAAGGGAGUCGGUACAUUCCAGCCGAGAGGACCGUGUUACCUCCACCAUCACAGACAAGAAGGAUCAGUCACAAAGGACCUCUUAUAGAGACUCGCUCCCCAACGCACCACGACCAUCCGUCCAAAACGACGACGCCCCGAACGAGAACGAGAACGCAAAGAUGUAUGGCGACUACUACGAAGAGAUGACGGGUCCUUCCCCCAAGAAGACCCAACCCACACAAACGGCACCAGCGCUACCAGCCAAGAGCUCAUUGCGAGCUUCCAGACUCCUCGACGGCAUGGCCCUCAAGAUCAUCACAAACCAACCUGCACAAGCAGCACCCCAAGAAGUCUAUCUCUCUUCCGAAGAAGAAGCUUCCUCCUCCGCCGACGAGUUUUCAGACUACGAUUACGAGUCCGAGAGCGCAGAGUCCGCCGACUCCCCCGUCCGCAGAAAGAGCCAAGAGGACACUGCCCGCGUUGUGUCUGUCGUCUUCGCCGGAAAGCCCUCCAUCAUCGACCUCCCCUCAACAAGAAGGUCCGCCUCGCCCGAGUCCAUGGAGUCCAGCAGGCCCCCGAGUCGCUUGGUCAUCUCAUCAACAGCACCCUCAUUGCGCAGAAUGUCCACCUCCUCCACCAGUGGCGCCUCCUUCUCUCCCGUUUUCCACCCACCCAGGUCAAGCAGCAUGAUGAUCACCAGCAGCAUGCUGCCCAAGGAGAAGCCUUCCUUCCUCAGCAUCGACCCCUACGCCAGCAAGCCAUUUGACGAGCGGGCCGAGGAGCCGCAAGCGGAGCCCGAGAAGCUCGAGAGACCCAAGACUCCCACUUCCCAACUAUUCAAGAGGACCCUCAGCAUUGUCCGCAAGCGCAGCCGUCCUCAGCUGAGAGACCUCGCUGCCAACAACUCCUCUCGCGACCGCCUGUCCUCGCCGUCACUGGGUCACCUCCCCUUGUCGGCCCACGCAGACAUUAGGGAAGAGCCCGAGCAAAAGGCACCUUGGUCCGCCGUCAGCUAUCACGAUAUUAUGCGUGCGGCCAAGAAGAACGCGCAGAACCAGCCUCCGACCCCAUCCACCCCCGUCGCUCAGGUACAAUCGCCCAGCUCACCGGCGGGCAACACCCGGAGCCGAAUCCUCAGCGGCUUCACCAACCGCAGAAAGAGCAUCAAGAUUGGCUAG